AUUUCAUUUUUAGACUUUUUACACAUAAAGUAAAGUCUGAAAGUAUAAGAAAAAGUUUAAAACAGAUUAUAAACAUUUGAAAUUAGUCUGCUUCUUCUAUAAAAAAAAAGUACCGAGAGAGGGCACUAGCACCCAAUUACUCUGUACUCACUCGAUGGUUUUUGACCCAACCCAGUCGACAGUCAAAUCUGAAGAACAAGAUAAAUUGUGCUAGAAAGCAUAAUUUAUGAGGUGUAUGAUUAUUAUAAAUGUUUUAAUGUCUUGAUUUUUCUGGGUAUAAUUUUCUAGUAACUCGAAUAACCAAAGAUGCCAGUUUUCCACACAAAAACAAUUGAAAGUAUUUUGGAACCAGUAGCUCAGCAGGUCUCACGACUGGUCAUUCUACAUGAAGAGGCAGAAGAUGGAAAUGCUAUGCCUGACUUAGAGCGGCCUGUCCAGGCUGUUAGCAAGGCUGUUACUAAUCUCAUCAAGGUUGGACGUGAAACAAUUAAUAGCAGUGAUGACCAUAUUCUACGACAAGACAUGCCUGUGGCUCUCCAGAGGGUAGAAAAGGCUUCCAAGCUACUGGAGGAUGCAUCAAGUUUGCUGAAGACUGACCCUUACUCUCAGCCUGCCAGGAAAAAACUGAUUGAAGGGGCAAGAGGUAUUCUUCAGGGAACAUCUGCUCUGCUACUGUGCUUCGAUGAGUCAGAGGUUCGGAAGAUCAUUCGAGAAUGUAAGAAAGUUUUAGAUUAUUUGGCAGUGGCUGAAGUUAUUGAAUCAAUGGAUGAUCUUGUUCAGUUUGUAAAGGAUCUUAGUCCUUGCUUAACGAAAGUUUCCCGUGAAGUGGAUGCACGAGAAAAGGAGUUGACUCAUCAAGUUCAUCGAGAGAUCUUGAUUCGUUGUCUGGAAUCGGUGAAGAAUCUUGCUCCCAUCCUUAUAUGUAGUAUGAAAAUAUUUGUUCAGAUUUUAUCUCAGGGUGGUAAAGGAGUAGAAGAGGCAGCAGAAAACCGAAACUACCUAGCCCGUAGGAUGACAGAUGAGAUCAAUGAAAUUAUUCGUGUGCUACAGUUAACUACCUAUGAUGAAGAUGAGUGGGAUGCUGACAAUCUUACAGUUAUGAAGAAAGCACAAAAUGCCAUAAUGGGAAAACUCCAGGCUGCACAUGAUUGGCUAGAGGAUCCAUCAGCAGUGACCGGAGGAGUGGGAGAGAAGUCUCUUCGAAAUAUUUUGGACCAUGCCCAGCGUGUGGCAGAACGUUCUCUUCCACCAGAUCAUGAUGCAAUAAAGAAAAUGUGUGGUGACGUUACUUCAAUGACAGAUGCACUUGCUGAGUUGAGACAGGAUGGAAAGGGUGCUUCACCUCAAGCCCAGUCUCUUGCCAGAGGAAUUGGCCAAAAAUUGCGAGAGUUGAAUGUGUUAAUUACAAAUGCCAUUCAAAACGUGGAGAGAAGUGGCAUUCAGCAACCCGCACAUACUGUUGGGGGUCGAGUUGAACAAGCCCAGCAGUGGCUAGCCAAUCCUAGUUUUGAUGAUAAAGGCUUGGGUCAACAGGCUAUACAGUCUAUCGUUCAGGAGGGUCACAAAUUGGCUGAAACAUCUCCCCAGCCAGAAAAGUUGGAAAUCCAGCACUUAUGCAAUGACAUUGAAACUAUGUCUCGACAAUUAUCUGACUUAACUCGUAAGGGGCAGGGUAAAAGUCCCCAAGCCCAAGCUCUUAGCAGAGCUAUUCAUGGAAAACUCCAUGAACUUAAGAACAAGAUUCAGAUGGCUCUUGUAAACAGAGUGGUUGAAGAUUUCAUUGAUACCACUUCUCCCCUGAAACAGUUUACUGAAGCAGUUCUUACACCUGAAGGAACACCAAAUCGAGAUGGUAACUUUCAAGAUAAAGCUAGAACACUGAUGGAAUUUUCCCUGAGAACUGCGCAUACAGCUAAAAAUGUAGCCACUGGUGGUACAACUAACAAAAAGCUAGCAGAGUCUCUCAUGUCUUCAGCCAAUCAGAUUGAAAGCUUGACCCCUCAGUUAAUCAAUGCAGGAAGAAUCAGGAUGGCAUAUCCAACCAACAAGGCUGCAGAUGAACAUUUUGAAAACCUGAGGAAACAAUAUGCUGAAAGCAUUCAAAAAAUGAGAAAUCUUGCUGAUGAGGCCACAGAUACUGUAAAGUUCAUUAAAAAUUCAGAGGAUAAAAUAAUGAAGCAUACAGAAAAGUGUGAAGAGUCCAUUGUUCACCAAGAACCACAACAAAUGGUUGACCACACCUCUAGUAUUGCCAGAUUAGCUAACAGAGUGCUGAUGGUAGCAAAGCAGGAGUCUGAUAACUCAGAAGAUCCAUAUUUCAUAAGCCGUGUGAACAUGGCAGCCGAUGAACUUCAAUCUGCUGUAACUCCUAUGGUACAGGAUGCUAAGGCAGUUGCCAUGGAUACUACAGAUCAGCGAGCUAUAUCUCGGUGGCGAGAAUCAAAUAAGGCUUUGGUAACUUCAGUGGGCCAGGUACGUUACGCCGUAACCAUCACUCCUGAAGUUGAACCUCCAGUGGUCCCUCCACCCCCAGACAUGCACAACCUUCACAUCAGUGAGACCUCUGCCAGAGAGCCGAUCAGCUAUCCUGAUUUCAGUGACAUUUUUAGUAUGGAUUUUAGCUCUAUGUUUGCCCCAAUUGAACGUCCUCAGCGUCCACCCAAGAGAGUCUCAUAUAAUCUGGAGGGUGAGCAAAGGAUGGAGGAUGAAAAAUGCUCCUCUCCUCCACGCUCUCUUCCUCUUCAUUAUCACUUCUUCUCUGACAAAGUGUCUCCAACAGUACGACAGCAACCCUCUCCCUCUCCAUCUCCCAUUCCCCCCUUUCUCCCUCUGCCAACUCAUUCGCCACGGUCAGUUUCUCCUCUGCCACGCUGGGCAAGAGGAGAUACUUCGGAUCUGCUCUAUCAGGAAUCCCUUUCUGAAAUUAAGGAGAACUACCCAUUGCCAUCAGAACGAGAACAAGCUCCUCCACGACCUCCUCUGCCUGGCCAAGAAGAAGUACCUCCACCUCGUCCUCCCCCUCCAGAAACAGAUGAUGAAUUUGAAGCAACUUUCCCUGCUCCUCAGCCUAAUCAACCAAUUAUGAUGGCUGCUCAUGGUCUACAUCAAGAGGUCAAACAGUGGUCAAGCAAGGACAAUGAAAUUGUUGCUGCUGCUAAGAAGAUGGCUUUGUUAAUGGCUAAUCUUAGCCAGCUGGUUAGAGGAGAAGGAGGCUCCAAGAAAGAUUUGAUAGCAUGUGCCAAAGCCAUUGCAGAAGCUUCUGAAGAAGUAACUAGAUUGGCAAAAGAACAGGCUCGAAUUUGCACAGAUAAACGCAUGAGAACAAACAUCCUCCAGAUCUGUGAGCGAAUUCCAACUAUCGGCACUCAACUGAGAAUUCUCUCAACAGUGAAAGCAACAAUGCUGGGUGCCCAAGCACCAGUCCCAACACCAGAUGGCAGUCAAAUUAUUUGUGGAACAGAGGAAGAUCAGGAGGCUACAGACAUGCUGGUAGGUAAUGCUCAAAACCUCAUGCAAAGUGUGAAAGAAACUGUUCGAGCUUGUGAGGCUGCCUCCAUCAAGAUCCGCACAGAUUCUGGUAUUCAAGUUCGUUGGGUUCGCAAGCAGCCCUGGUAUCAAUACUAAACAAACUCAGUUUUCAGUAAAACACUUUGGCAAUCUUAUUUUCAUAUAUAUAUUAAUGUGUUCACUCCAACUUUUUUUUAACAUAUUUCAAAUCUUAGCUCUUUGAAUGUGUCGUUACAGUUUGAGCCCAAUUUCUUAUGAGUUGUGAUUAUGUUACAGCUUUUCAUCUAUGACAAUGAAAGAAGUGAUCAUUUUGGGUCUCAUCAAAAAUGUUUUUAAGAACUGUCAAUUUCUACUGCAAAGUUGAAAUAUAAACAUGUUUCUUAUCAAUAUAAACUGGAUGACAAAGUUGAAUUUAAUCUAUUUUGGUUCAUUUAGUUUGUCAUUUUAGUUGCUUAUGUUCAUGUAAAAACUAUCACAAUUAAUUGACUAAUCAGAAUUUAAUAUUUUUUUAUACAUUUUUGUGUAUACAUUGUUAUAACUAAUUUUUUGUUUCCUUACAAAACAUAAUAAAUCAACAUCAUAUAAAAUAAAGUAUUAACAGACAAAAACGUAUUAAAUAUUUGUGUUGCAACAGCACAGCAUAUUAUAGUUAACCAGAUUGUCAUUUUUUAUAUCUAUAAUUAGUCAUAAAAAUAAGGAUUAUUUUUAUCAUAGAUUUAUAUAGAAAAAAGAAUUAAAUCCUUUAUGAUGAAACAAGUUCUAUAAUAAGACUAAAACAGUAUUUUUGAAAAGUUGUAAAGGUUAUUAGAAAAAGUUAACACAAACCAGCAACUUUAGUUGUGCUUACCUUGUCUCUGUUAUUUUUGAAUUUAUUAUGUGAAUUUUUUUUCCCCAAGAAUACUAAUAACCUUAUAGUUUUAACUAUUUGGCUGUAUAUUAGUGCCAUAGGUUUCUAAUUGUGCAAUACAUUAUGAAAGAUUUAUAACUAAUAGUACACGAGGUGUAUUAAAAUAAUGUGAUUAAGUUAUAAGGUUAAAAUUAUGUUUAAUGUUGCUUUCAAAAUAAAAGUAGGAGACCAAAAUGUCAAUAAUUCUAUGUCAGAACACAUAAAUGCUCUGGUCUUAAACUUUUUGGGUAUUGACGAUGAUGUGUUACAAGAAAUGGUUAAUUGGUAUUUCACACCAUUAAAAUAUUUAUUUGUGCAGUAUCUUUGUCUUUACCACAGCCAUCUUUAAAAGUUUACGGUCUUCAAGCAAUUUUAAAGUCAAUAAUUAAAUGCAUGUGUUCUGAAGUUGCUUUGUUGAAAUUGUUUUAAAAACUGCUUUAAAUAACAGGUUGCUCAUAUAAGAUAUGAGAGCAUAGUUCACAGUAUACAUGGACUCCUGAUUAAAUCUGAUAGUUACUAGAAUAAUUCAUACUAUUCAUUGUUAAAUUUCUUGUGAAAACAACGAUUACAGGAAAAGAUAUUUAGACAGUGUUCUGCUUAUUUCUAUUUGUUGGACUGCUAUUGCUUUAAAAGUAUUUAUAGAAGAACAAACAAAAUAUUUGUUAUAAUUCGCUACUUAACUAGUUUUUAUGUUCUUAAUCUUAUUUUUCGUAAAAGCUUUGAAGUUAUUCCAAAUGGAUAAAGCACAACUAGGGCCAGUCGAUUUUUAGAAACCGUCUAAAGUGAACCAUGCAAGUUUUUUUUAAAGGGGGGUAUUAUCUACUCCCCUUGUUCACAAUCUUCUAUAUGCUUCAAAGUCCUAAUAGGUUAAAAUAUAAAAAAAGUGCAAUUAUAAAGGUACAUCAAAUACCAUUUAAAUAACUGAAUGUUAAAAAGUAGUUUUUAUUUUUAACUUCAGAACAUGUGGUUCAUAUUUUAUCAUUAAUUGUAGCAAUUGGGAAGAACUUUAUAUAAUCUGCCUAGAGAUAUAUAUAUAUAUUUACAAAAGACUCAGGUUGUCCACAAACAGUUUGGGAACCACUAACCUAUACCAUUGUAUCAGAAUAAUAUGAACUUUUGAAGAAUGUUUAUAGGUGUAUAAAAAAAAUUUUACUAAUCUGUAGAGCAUCAGAAUGAGACAGAAGUAAACAAUGUGCCUUUUUUGCUUCAAAUGAUAGUGACAGAUAAUUUUGAAUAAAAGUUUAAAUAAUACCAUCAUAAUAUAGGUUAAGUAGGUUUUCUCAACAUAAAGCAACACAGUGGUCUAUAUGCACUGUGUUUAUCAUGGGAUCCAAAUCCCAAGUUUUAGCACUGUAAGUUCAUAAAUUUACUGCUGACUUACUAGGGGACAUAGGUGAAGUGGUAAAAGUUAGAAGGAAGUUAUUAAUUGGGUGAAACUUUAAUCGGGUAAUGAUAAUCUAGAUUAAAAACUUGUAUUUUAUAUUUACUAUUGUAAAAUGUAUAGCAUUUUGAGACAUACAUCUGUGUUCUUCCUCAACAAAUGUUUGUAUUUGACCUAAAAAAAACAAUCUUUCUAAACUACCAGUGAAACAUUUCAUUACGAGUAAAGAAAAUAAAACAUAUUGCACGUAUUUUACUCUGUCUUGAGAUUCAGUGCUGAAUGAGUUCAAAGCAUAAGCACACGUGCAAUAAAUGUGAUUGUAGUUCUUAGUUAUAAGCCAUUUGUAUUCAUUGUUACCGUACAAACUAUAAACAUGGGAAUCCACUGUUCAAAUCCCAUUACUGGAAACUCAAAGAAAAAACUAUGCUUUGGGUUGUGGAUGCAUUAUAGUGGCAGUAGUCAAAUCUAACUAUUUGAUCAGACAAGAGAAGGCAGUGGGUGCUAUUGACUAGCUGUCUUCUAUCUAGUCCACCAUUUAAAAAUUAGGGACAGUAGGCACAGAUAGCCUUUAAGUAGCUUUGUUGGAUUGUCCAAAAACAAUCAUUAUUCCUUGUAGCUCAUUUUGAAGAAAUCUACCUGAUAUUCAGAGGACUGUUGUUGGACCUAAAGCAGGUAAUGGUAAUACUAAAUUAUUGUUGGUAGAUUUCUAGUUAGGUAUUGAUGUUUAAUGAUGGAAACCCUUAACUACUGCAUGCAACUUUACCAAUUGAUGUCACCGGUUUGUUACACAUUAGAUAUAAACUAUAUUUAGUGAUUGUUAUUAAAUGUGUACUUAUGAAGGUUACACUACUGCCACAUCUGGUAUUUAUUGGAAAGUUUUAUAUGUCAAGUUUCCGGAAACUAUUUGCACCAACCGGUUCACUGACUUCAUGAUGAAUUGUCAAAAUAGUAUUUAACAAGCAAGGUUAUUCAAGCAUUUCCUCUCUCAUUGUAAAAUAAAUUAGUUUUGUAAUGGUUUUAUAAUUAAAUUCAAUGUGUUAGGAUGUCAGCUUAAAGGCAAGUUCAAUAAUAGUAAAUAAUGUGACAUUUGUUCAGGUUUUUCAUUUUAAACAUUGCCUCAAAAUGCAUCAUUCACAGCAACCAAAGGUAUUAUUGUUAAAAUGUUGAUGAAGCUUAAUUACAAUUCACCAUGUAUUUGAGCUUAAACGUUUCCGUGGCAUUACCUCACUCAUACUGAACAAAAUUCAUAAAGCCAUUGAGAGUAACAGUUUUAUAAAGAUUCUCCACUUAUUUUUUAUGAUUUGAUAUCAUACUUUAUAAUAUCAGGUGCAUACUUGAGUAUAUGUAUUUAUCUGUAGUCCCCGCUCCAAAAAGAAUUAUUUUAACGUAUGUGACUGAAAUUAGCAUCAUGCAAGUUAUUAGAAUGAAUUUUAUAUCUAAUUUUAGAGAAUGUUAUUUUACAUUUAUAGUUUAUUAAUCUUAAAAGCUAUCUUAAGUUUGUAUAUUACUAGUGUCAUAUCAACAGGAAUAUGACAGAGUUGUGAAAGUUAAAAUAUCUAUUUUGUGACUAAUGCUCCCUGAAGACUCAAAAUAUUGACAUAUAUAGAAUUCAUUGUCCCCAUUGAUUGAUUUAAAAAAAAAUUUGGUAAAAAGAGAUUUUUUUCUCUAUUCUUUGCAAACAUUAAAAAUUGUGCCUUAAUAUUCUACAUAACUGGAAUGUUUUGAUUUUUAAAAUUUUGAAUAUAAAUGUUUGAUAUAUUUUCUCUCUAGAGUAAUAAAAAUCACAAAUGCUAUUUAGAUAAACUUUUGUACAACUGGAGAUAUUUUUGCAACGAAACUUCAUCAUAGUCGUGGUGGUCAGUUAGAUAACCAUUUUUAACUACCUUGUUUUUUGUUAAUAACUUUUGGACUGGCUUAAUAAAGUAACAAUUGGUGCUAACUAAAA